GUUUCCCGCACAUACCAACCAGCGAUCUCGAAGCACCUAGUGUCAAGUGGCUGCUUGAGACAUCCACGGAUCCUGAAGUGUUUCUUGCCGCUGCCAGCUUUGUUCCGCAGGUUGAAUGGCCCCUGGAUCUUGACAUCUCGGACAUGCUGCCUCAGCUCUAUGACAUCUUCACAAGUUGCGUUGACAUUCAUAGGCAAAUCGUACCGUCGUUGGAGGAGAAAGCCUCUGCAUGUACAAUGGCUCUAAGCCAUCUAUACUACGGAUGUGUCCUUCAAGCAUAUCCUGGCCGGGGCGAAUUUGUUGUCCGCGGGAGAAGAGACUUCGACGUGUUUCUUCAGAUUUGGAGGGAGAGCAUACGUACCGCCAACCAUACGGUGCUUGACACAACUGUAAAUCUCUGUCUUCCAGAAGAUGACAGUGGAAUUUCGUGGGUUACUUUUUUGUCAGAAGCUUGCCCCGACUACAUCCCUGAGCGGCUGUCACAUGUUCUUCCUUAUCACUUUGUUACUGGGCGAGUGAAUGAAGUCAUAGAAAACCUCGGGAUAACAGUGAUAUCAAAAUUGCUAUCCUCUCCAUCCUCUCCGUCAAUUCGAAUUGUGGCCAAUUGCACUCUUCUUGCUUGUACCAUGGUCGGGGCUCAGGUUGACAGAAGAGACAUAGUUAGGAUUGACAAAAGUUCUGCACUGCCUCGGCUCAUGGAGUCCUUUUUGGCGCAAUUUCAGAAGGCUCUCUGGGCAUGCAAUGGAGGGGAGCUUGAAAAGGAUAGCACAGAAGUCUCACGCCGGGCAUGGAACCUCCUUGACAUUAUCUGUCGCAUCCUCGAACUUGCUGGACAUCACUUUUCUUCAUUCCACACCAUGCGGAACCUGGACGUUUGCAAGAAGAUUUAUUCACGAGCGAGGUCAUCCGAACAAAACAAUGCCUUGGUUUUGUUGACAGCCCUGCGAAAUGUACUGCACUUCAUGUUCGCCGCUGCUAACGUAUCACGUAACCCUGACGAAUUGUGGUAUGCGCACCUGAUGUUGCAAGGCGAUUCUCACUCACCAGAAGACUUCGACUGGCUGGUAGACUACCUGGACUACAUUCAUUCCGACGACCACGAAGCGGCAUAUGACAUAUUUUUGCUACUGGGUAGCAUGGGAGUGUGCUGCAGCCCCGCUAAACAACAUUUGUUCAUCGAGAGGCUCGUCGCCUGUAUGGACAAUAACAUGCCUCCUCAUUUACGUCAUGCCGCUCUUCGCGCUGCUCACAGUGCCCGAGAAGAAAUGGCCUCGACCGAUGCCAUGGAUGACAAGCUACGAGACGUGGUUUUGACCAAGCUCUCCCCCGCUAUUCUGUCCGUGCUUUGUCCGCACCCAGGUACAACACCCGCGAAUGAUGAUCCUGACCGCUUUUUCGAUUAUGACCGCGACUUGUGCUAUCUGAAACUAGUCUUUGCCCUCGCGAAGAAUUCCGACUGGCACCCCCAUUUGUCUGGGGAUCGCCACGUUGAUCGGUGCAUUGGCAUGAUUCCAGAGUACUGUGAUUCCGAAUCACCCACACAGCAUGCCUUUUACAUAGCUGGUAUCUUCCUUCGAAUCACACCUGAAAAAAAGUCGGUUGCAUCGCUCGAUUCUGUUACAGAGCAGCAGUGGUGGGACGUAAUGAGAGGCGCGUGGAACGAUCCUCCCUAUGACAUUCACAACACACGCGAUUUCGAGUUCAUUCUUACCCUUGUGGAUGGCACAAAGAAGUAUAUGCAGACUCCUUCGAAAUCUGAUCUCGAGAAGCUCAUCAGAAGUGUGGAUGAGAUUCUCGAAAGACUGGAGCGGCGGAUGCAAUGGAAGAGGCAACGGCAGGAGAUGGGACCGGAGACGCAAGGUUUAGAGCAGGGAGAGGGGAUCAUCAUUGCUGUGAAGGAGUUGAAGACUGCAGCCAGCAACAAGCUGGAGAGCCUUGGUCAACAAUUAUUAGUCCCCCAAUUAUGACAGCGCUUGCACGUUGUGUUAGAAUUUUGGAAUCACAGGAAGUCUUGCGGAGAUGGAGAUGAAGUUCAAAAAGGAUGCUUGUAAUAGAAUGGAUAAUUGGUU